AACCAAACAAACGUCUUCUCAGAGCUUGGGGGCGGGGCAGGCGGGAGAAGACGGAGCCUCCAGAGCCGAAGCCUUCGCGGAGUUGGUUUUUCGGUUGCUGGUCGUUGUGGCCGAGGGGUCUGAGGUCGGGCUGAGACGUGGGGAGCAAUGGCGACCUUUGUGAGCGAGCUGGAGGCGGCCAAGAAGAACUUGAGCGAGGCCCUGGGGGACAACGUGAAACAAUACUGGGCUAACUUAAAGUUGUGGUUCAAGCAGAAGAUCAGCAAAGAAGAGUUUGACCUUGAAGCUCAUAGACUUCUCACACAGGAUAAUGUCCAUUCUCACAACGAUUUCCUCCUGGCUAUUCUCACGCGUUGUCAGAUUUUGGUGUCUACACCAGAGGGUGCUGGAUCUUUACCCUGGACAGGGGGUUCUGCAGCCAAACCUGGAAAACCAAAGGGAAAGAAAAAGCUUUCUUCUGUUCGUCAGAAAUUUGAUCAUAGAUUCCAGCCUCAAAAUCCUCUCUCGGGAGCCCAGCAGUUUGUGGCCAAGGAUCCCCAAGAUGAUGAUGACUUGAAACUUUGUUCCCACACAAUGAUGCUUCCCACUCGGGGUCAGCUUGAAGGGAGAAUGAUAGUGACUGCUUACGAGCAUGGGCUGGACAACGUCACCGAGGAGGCUGUCUCAGCUGUGGUCUAUGCAGUGGAGAAUCACCUUAAAGAUAUAUUGACAUCAGUUGUGUCAAGAAGGAAAGCUUAUCGAUUACGUGAUGGUCAUUUUAAAUACGCCUUUGGUAGUAAUGUGACCCCACAGCCGUACCUGAAGAACAGUGUAGUAGCUUACAACAACUUAAUAGAAAGCCCUCCAGCCUUUUCUGCUCCUUGUACUGGUCAGAAUCCAGCGUCUCACCUGCCUCCUGACGAUGCUGAGCAGCAGGCCGCACUCCUGCUGGCGUGCUCGGGGGACACGCUACCCACGACUUUGCCUCCAGUGAACAUGUACGACCUUUUUGAAGCUUUGCAGGUACACAGGGAAGUCAUUCCUACACACACUGUAUAUGCUCUCAACAUUGAAAGGAUCAUUAUGAAGCUCUGGCAUCCAAAUCAUGAAGAGCUGCAGCAAGACAAAGUCCACUGCCAGCGCCUGGCAGCCAAGGAGGGGCUCUUGCUCUGCUGAAUUGGGAUUGGAGGGUGUGGGACCCUCAGCAAAUUCAUUGAUGAUUGGGAAUUGAAUGCUUUUGGGGGCCACAUUUCAAGACUGAAGUGUGUAGAGUAAAUAUAACCUUUCCUAUGGAAAGGUGAUAGUACAUUUUGUGUUGCUACUGUGAAGCCAUUAAUAAAUCUGAUUUUAAUAAUGA